UCACUUCCUGGUUUUUUUUCACGGCGGUCGCCAAACGGUCUGUCAAACAAGUCCAAAGUUGUCCGGACCCGGGGGAGGAUGAGCCCGGCAGCGGCGAGGAGGACACGACAGCCGACAGGCCAAGCUUGUGCAGCGUGUAAAUGGCGUUUUAUAGAAUGAGAAGCAGAGGUUGUGUUUCUGUGGGCUCCCGGGCAGCGGCGGCAGGUUAGCUGCUGUUAGCUGCUGUUAGCAUCCAGUGUGUAGUUGGAAAGCAGCUCGCUUCAAGUGAUUCAGAGGAGUCUGCUGAAGAGGACAAACAUGGAGAACAAGGACAAAGUACAGAUGAGAAACCACCCUCGAAGACAGCUAAAGAAGCUGAGCGAGGACAGCCUCACCAAGCAGCCAGAGGAAGUGUUUGAUGUCCUGGAGAAGCUGGGUGAAGGGUCUUAUGGCUGUGUAUUUAAGGCACAUUAUAAAGAAACAGGGGAAAUUGUAGCCAUCAAACAAGUCCCUGUGGAGUCUGAUCUUCAGGAGAUAAUCAAGGAAAUCUCCAUCAUGCAGCAGUGCAACAGUCCACAUGUAGUGCGGUACUACGGCAGCUACUUCAAAAAUAGUGACCUGUGGAUCGUCAUGGAAUAUUGUGGCGCCGGAUCAGUAUCUGAUAUCAUCCGAAUACGUAGCAAAACGCUUACAGAAGAAGAGAUUGCUACCAUCCUGCAGUCGACUCUGAAGGGUCUGGAGUAUCUUCACUUCAUGAGGAAGAUCCACCGAGACAUCAAAGCAGGCAACAUCCUCCUGAACACAGAGGGUCAGGCCAAAUUAGCCGACUUUGGAGUUGCUGGACAGCUCACAGACACCAUGGCGAAGCGGAACACAGUGAUCGGCACGCCGUUCUGGAUGGCUCCAGAGGUUAUACAGGAGAUCGGCUACAACUGUGUGGCCGACAUCUGGUCUCUGGGAAUCACAGCUAUAGAGAUGGCGGAGGGCAAACCGCCCUAUGCAGACAUACACCCAAUGAGGGCCAUUUUCAUGAUUCCCACCAACCCUCCUCCAAAGUUUCGAAACCCGGAUCUGUGGUCUCCACCCUUUCAAGACUUUGUCAGCCAGUGUUUGGUGAAAAACCCAGAGAAUAGGGCGACGGCCACACAGUUAUUACAGCAUCCUUUUAUUAAGUCAGCCAAGCCCAGUUCCAUCCUCAGAGCCCUGAUUACAGACGCCAUGGAGAUUAAACUGAAGAGACAAGAAGAGGCCGAACAGAGAGAGCAGGAUGCUGAAGAUGAUGACAACUCAGAUGAGGACGAGGUCGACCAGGGGACGAUGGUGCGAGCGGGAACAGGGGAUUCAGGAACCAUUCGGGCAGCCGGUUCGUUAGCAAGUUCACUUGGUGGCACAGCACGGACUAUGAUCGAGCAUGAGGACACGGGAACCAUGCAGUCACAGCUUGGCACCAUGGUCAUCAACUCUGACGAUGAGGAUGAGGAGGAAGCUGGUACUAUGAAAAGGAGAGAUGAGACGAUGCAGCCAGCCAAGCCGUCCUUCCUGGAGUAUUUUGAACAGAAAGAGAAGGAGGCCAACAGUCAUAACGAUGGAGGAGGAAGAGGAGAAAACAACGCGGACAACCGCAAACUGUCUGCUGAAGGAGAUCUUGAAGUGGUGAGUUCGUGGUCGGUGGAGGAGCUGCGGCUAAGACUCGCCUCUCUAGACCCUCAGAUGGAGCAGGAGAUCGAGGAGAUCCAUCAGCGGUACCAGGCCAAGAGACAGCCCAUCCUCGACGCCAUCGAGGCCAAAAAGCGGCGGCAGCAGAACUUCUGAGACAGACCUGUGGAGCUCCUCACAGCAGCCACUGGAGAAUCGAUCUCAUGGUUUUUGCAGCAGUUUGGAGAAACGUCGCUGAGGCUAUGCUCAGAAUUCUUCAUCCUAAUAACCGCUCAUGAGAUGAUGCAGCUGGAUGUGAGGACGUGACGAUCGUCACUUCAGAUGUCAAACUGCUGUGUUUGGUAAAGAAGAACUUCCAGAGAGCUGUUCUCUGUUGGACAGAAUGUUAUUGACAUUUACUGUUGUUUGAUUUAAGAUCCAUAUUCAUUCUUUUUUCCACCUUCUUAAGAUAAUCUGGAGCCUUUAUGGGGAAUAAUAUAUUUUAUUACAACCUGCCGUAUAUCCAUUAAUAUGACUGUUGUGGCUCUGAAUGUCAUGCUAACUCUGCAGUCCACCCCCAUCGUAGAGGUUUGUAGAAACAGAAUUUAAUUGGGUGGAAUUAGCUUGCAGCAUUUCAAAGAAAGCAAUACUCAAUAAUGAUUUUUACAUAAAUCAUUAUUGAGUCCAUGUGAAAGUAAACAGAAUUUAGCCAGCUGGAAUAAACAUGUUGCUUUAGCUCCUACAACCAGGAGACAGGAGAGCUCAGCGUUAGUUUUUUACUCUCAUUUCCAGCUGAGUUCAGGGAGGUGAGAUCAGUACAAAGUUAGCAUGACCUAGACUGACACAACAGACACAUUUAUUCAAAAUACGUCAAGUUGAAAUGAACUCAAACUCUCUUUGAAGAGCUGAAUUGCUUUUCUGUUGUGAACAAUUCAAGAAAUGACAGUUAAAAUUUCAUUCGUAUCAUCAGAGUCUAGAUGAGCUGGUUUGUAUCAGCUCAUCUAGUUUCUUUCUGCUUGCAUUCAGUACAGUACGGUGAAAAUGCUAGAAGAGCCCAUCAGAUCUCAUAACAUUUUUUUUUUUUUUUAACUUCAUAGUGUGGUACAUCUUCAUUGUAAGCGCGGAGGUUCAGCUUAGGUACUCGUCUGUUAAUUCCUCAACCGUUUCCCGUUCAGUCAUCGUUGGCAAACAACGAUCAACUUCUCUGUUUCCCUCUGCAGACUGAGAACAUCUAGAAGAGUAUCUAGUCAAGAAAAUGGUCAAUUUUUGAAAACAAAAUCACACAAAAAGCUGAAAAUACAAGAGGACAGUUGUUUCAGCCCUCAGAUCUCUGAAAAAUACCAAACCAUGUGCUUGGUUUCAGUCAUACUGAGUUUAGAUGCACAGUUUAAAUGACAGGAUUUGUUUCUAUCUUUUCUUUGUAACUUUAUCUGGUAUCUGUCAGAUUUUCUAAACACCAUAUGUAUUAACAGUUUGAUUUCUUACUGAAAAGUAAGUCUUUUAGCGUUGGUUACUGUAUGAAAACUCUUCAACUGGUACGUGUUCCUCAUUUUUGUAUUUUCUACGUUCAGUGCUGAAUAUGGAGCCACGGUGGAAGCCCUUCUCAUAAGGUCUGCAAAUGAGUCUUCAUUGUUACAAAGGAAACACUUCAUUAUAUUCAAUCUUGUGUUUCUGCCUCACAAACAUCCUUUUUUAAAUAUUUUUGUUCGAUCAUCUGUCUGCUAAAGACUGCUUUCUUACAUUUCUGCAGCAUCAGCAUGAAGUUAAGAGGCAGAAAAUGAGGAUUAUUCGGUGCUGAGCUCGGUCUGUAAUUAAGGUUUUUUAAAACACUUAAUGCCUGGCUCAUGACAGUGAUACCUCUUUAUCUCUAAACAUGUUUGUUUCCAAGGGCAGCUGGUGGAGAUUAAUGCUUUAGUAUCAAAUAAUUAUGCUUGUGUCAUGUUGAACUUCAUGGAUCCAUUAAAUAAUAGGACUAAUUACACAGAAGAUUUUAUCAUCAACAGACAUGAAAAAUAAAAAUAUUGUCCUUAGAAUGUACUCAACUCUGUAGAUCAACAAUGCUGAAAAGAAAUAGUCCCAAAAGAAAAGCAAAUUAUCAUCACUGUGUGACUAUUUAAUGAAUGUCUUCUAACAUACUGUAGAGUAACACAUGCAAGAUCUUCUCCUCUGAGCUUCCGUAUUAGCUGGGCAUUCAUUUACUACAUUGACUUUCAGUGUCUCUUCAUUCAGCAGCUUCCACUUGUUGGUGCUCACAGGAGGAGUUAGUUUAAAAACUCCAUCAUUCCAGUGUGUUAGAAAGCGUUUGGUAAACGUUCAUGUGUUGUUCAGUAGCACAAACUGGGGAGAGAUGGAAGUCACAGAAAACUAUCCCUGUAAUUUUUCCUUGUAUCUUCAGUUUACUGGCUAAUUUUACAUCUGAAGCUCUCCAGAAUGGUGGUCACUUUUCAGAUGACCAUGGCUUCAUUGAAAGAGCUUGUAUUCUGCUUUUGGAUUCCCCCUUUCCAUCAGUGUGCUGUAGCUUGUUUAGCACAUAAAAGGUUUGCAAACUUGGCAAAGGCUACAGUCUUCAUCAAAGGCAGCUGUUCUUUCCCACAAAAAGCCCUGUUCCUUACCUGCCUAAAACGGCUCAUUCCAAGUCCAAGCUUUUCUUCUGUUACGUUUCUACAUCACAAAAUAGCACAUUCCCAUAACGCCUGCCUUGCUGCUAGUUUGACCCUCAAACAAAGAAUGAGCCGUCAGUAUUUCCCCACUAGAGGUGUUUCUGCUGGAGGUAGAGCUCUCUCUAGGGCUACCUGACUUUAGUCGGGCAAACUGGCCAAUCAGAACAGCUGGGGUUUUUCAGAUGAGGGGGCGGAGCUUAAACAGCUGCCGUGUACAGCAUAAGAAAAUACAUGUAAACGUGUUCUGGUCGAGCCAAAAAAUGGAAUUAUGAACCUGUAAAUGUGCAGAAUAUUGGCUCUUUAAUAGCAUCACAAUUCCUUAAAUAGCAACCUGCUUUCAAAUGUCGACAGACCCAAAACUGUUUUAAAGGGAAUUCAAUGAGAUGUUAGCACUUUGGCCUUUUUAUAACCACCAGUGCCCUUCUUAGGUAAUUUAGUUUUAUUAUUUUGAAUUUGUCGCAUCUGUUUUUCUUCCUGAGUAAGCUACAAAGACCUGGGUUGACAAAUGUAUGGUGUAUAUUAAACAAACCGCGUAUUUCCUGGAUUUAUUAGCUUGAUCUGGCGUCGACCCAGGACUUGUCCAACUUAACUUCUAACAUUCCUCAGAGCAACUUGACCGCUCAUUUUUCCAGACAUAUCUGGAGCACAUCCAGCAUAAAGCACAGUUCUAUUUUUCUACGUAGGUUUAGUGGCGACACGGUCAGAGAGGAGACAGUUGAGUUUUGAUCACAGGGAUGUGUGAGGGAAUUAAAAACGAGCUUCUCAGGUCAUGAAACUCCUCAGGGGUGUAAGGUAACGGCAGUAGUGGUGAGAAAUAACUGUAGAUAGAGAUUCUUCAUACAGAGUCACGUCUGUAUAUAUGAGCAACACUCGGCCGUAUGUGUAUAUCAAGUUUUGUUUUAUCGGCUGAAGGAUGCGAUCUUAAAGCGUUUAAUUAAAAAGUGAAUUGUUGCUUAAAAUGUUGAGCAGUUAUCAAACAUCUGCUAUUUCUAGAGAGAAACACUUCAGCUAGAUUUGAUAUGGAAUUGUUGUCCAGGCUUGUGUUGUGGCCUCUUUGUGUGUAGGACUCCAUGUUUCUGCAACACACUGAGUCAUUUCAUUUUUCUGUUUUGUGUUUAAAAGCAAAGCAAAAGGGAUUCUUGUUUCUGCCUUAUCUUGUCAACUUUGGAUGCACUGUUGUUUUUAACUGUGUUUUGGUUUUUUUUUGUUUUUUUGGAGUGAUCAAAACUAUGAACUGGUCACUGUGGUUUCAGUAUCGGCAUGGAAAAAGGGCAAAUAUUGAAAGUCAUGCCGCCUGAUUGUUAUUACAUUUGAUGCACAAGUGAUGGUGUUACUCUGCUUUUAGAAGAGCGACGCAUCAGACAUUUAGUCGAAAUCACUGAAGAACAGAGGAGGAAAUGAAACUGUCCAGAUGUUGUGGAAUCACUUCUGUUUGAGUUCUACCUUUUUAAUUAACAAAAUGGACCUUUAAGGGAUUUUGAUGAUUGUCUAAUGAGGCCAAAACAAACCUCAAACAAAACCAGGUAUCUGUUGGGUUAUUUAAUGGUCAUUCAAGGUUGGGACAAUAAUUACUACUGACUUUCCUGCUUCAUCUUAACCCUCUGAACCUCAAGCUGUUUCUGGGCAUUUUUUUUGCUCUCAUCACAUUUUCAUCCACUGUGGGUUGAUUUUUCUUUAUUCCUGCACUUCUAUGGAAACAGCACAACAACAGCUAGAAGUAGAGAGAACUCAAAAAUCUCUUUUGUGCAGUAUGACAGUUAUGUGAUAAAUCAUUAAGAAAAGAGGAAAAAAAUCAAAAUGUACAACACAGGUGUUGCUGAUAGCGGUAAAAAUGCCAAAUACUCACAGAUUUUUGUUACUUGACUGUAAGCUGCAGCGGAGUUAAAAGGCACAGUAAUGAUUUUUUUUUAACUUAAUUCAAGGAUCUUUUUUCACAGUUUCUGGCUCUUAAGAAAACAUAUCUUUCAAACUUGUCUGGCAGGUUUUGGGGUUCCGAGGAUGAAGUAGCAGUGAACUUACCUUUCACUUUGUUGAAAAUUCAGGGUUUUUUUUCAGUGAAACAUAUCUGGACAAUGUUUCUUCUCCCUCUAUUUUAAUGUAUUUGCUUGUUUCAGGUAAAGAACUGGGAUUAAUCAGUAUUUCAGUUCAGUUUACAUUUACGAAGUGUAAAUCCUACUGAAAUAUAAAGAGCUUCUGGAUUCAUCUUCUCUCAUGUUUGCCACUAUAAACAGCUAUCUAAUUUAUUCAUCUUUACUCAAUUCCAUCUAAUUUUUCUUAUUUUUGCAGGUGUUUGGCUCAUAUUGUAUAAAAUGUGCGGUUUAAUAUCAGCUUUGUAUUCAAGCACAAACAUGGUGUUUAAAUGUGAACCAUCAUUGGCCUCCACAGAAAAGAGAAAUCUACAAAAGUGAACCAGUAAAUUAACAAAAGACAGACAGGUUUAGAAGUUUUAUUUAGGAUUCACAGUAAUGUAAGUGUUUUCAGGCUCGGAUCAGCUGCACCUCAUCAGAUUUUUGGCCAAACUGCAAGUGAGCAAGAAGCUAUCACUGCUUCAUUUCUAUAUUCUGAACUGUCUCUUUUCAGGAUAAGCGUCUGAGUUUUCUGUUCCUGAAGUGUGUCUGCCUUAAAGUGUGUGGUGCAAGUCAGGCAUCUGUUCGAGAUCACUGGUAUUUAGUUUGUAUCUGUUGUUUGUUUCUGGUUGCUUAUUUAACAAAGAAAAUAAAAAUAAUGAAACAUGA